UAGAGAGAGGCAUUAUCUUCAUUUGCAGUUUCGGCUAUUUGCAGAAUGCGGAGGUGAAAACGGACAGGCUCGCCGAUCGAGGUACCAAUCCUUGACGGUAUACACUGGUAAUAUACCAGUUAGUAUUAUUUUUUUUAUGAUCAGAAAGCUAUUCCUGACAAGAAUCACGCAUGCAUUCGAACAGAGGAUUAUCGCGGAGGAAUUGCCUUGAAACCAUGAACUGCAGUUGGGGGACGGAGCUGUGGGAUCAGUUUGAUAAUCUAGAGAAGCACACUCAAUGGGGCAUUGAGUUUUUAGAACGCUACACCAAGUUUGUGAAGGAGCGGUCGGAAAUUGAAUUGACGUAUGCCAAGCAGAUCAGGAAUCUGUCUAAGAAGUAUCAGCUUAAGAAGAACUCUAAAGAAGAGGAGGAAUUUAAGUACACAUCAUGUAGAGCUUUUCUGAUGACCUUAAAUGAGCUGAACGACUACGCAGGUCAACACGAGGUCAUUGCAGAAAACCUGUCGUCUCAGAUCACCGCCGAGCUGACCCGCUACACUCAAGAACUGAAGGCUGAGCGCAAAUCGCAUUUUCAUGAUGGCCGGCGAGCGCAACAGCACAUAGAAAAUUCAUGGAAGCAGCUGGAGUCGAGUAAGAGAAGAUUUGAGAGAGACUGCAAGGAAGCAGAUCGAGCCCAGCAUUACUUUGACAAGAUGGACGCAGACAUAAACGUGACUAAAGCAGAUGUGGAGAAGCGGUGUUCUCUCAAGGCAAAACAGCAAGCCCAGAUGAGACAUCAAAUAGCCGAAGACAGUAAAAACGAGUACCUGACCUACCUGCAGAAGUUCAAUAAGGACCAACAUGAGCAUUACUACACUCUCAUACCACAUAUCUUUCAGAGGAUACAGGAGAUGGAAGAGAGGCGGGUGGGGAGGGUCAGGGAGAGCAUGCGGGUGUACACUGAGGUCGAGAGAAAAGUGCUGCCCAUCGUCAGCAAGUGCCUGGAUGGCAUGACCAAGGCAGCUGAAUCCAUCGAGCCUAAAAUGGACAGUAAGCAAGUUGUAGAGUCAUACAAGUCAGGCUUUGAGCCGCCGGGCGAUGUUGAAUUUGAGGACUAUAGCGUGUCGAUGAAGAGGGCAGUGUCAGAAUCGAGCUUCCUGAAUGCCCGUGGGGAGGGCAGACGCCGAAGCCGGAGCAAACUGUGGCCUUUACUCAAGAGAAAUAAGCUUAUGUCUUUGCUAGCGUCACCCCACCAGCCCCCUCCCCCUCCCCCCACCUCCCCCUCCCCGGACGGCCUCCCCAACGGCCCCCAGUCCCCACAGCAGCCCAAGGAGCCCCUGAGCCAGCGCCUCAAUGACUUCAUGAGCACCAAACACAAAAUGCACUGCCUGCGGAGCCUCAAACGUGGGCUUUCUCUAAAGCUGGGAACAGGUCAAGAGGACUACAGUCAUCUGCCCCCAGAACAGCGGAGGAAGAAACUACAGGCCAAACUCAAAGACAUCAACAAGGACAUCCAGAAAGAGAUGGAUCAGAGGGAUGCCCUGACGAAAAUGAAAGAUGUAUACAUUAAGAAUCCUCACUUAGGAGAUCCAGACAGUAUAGAUCCACGGUUAGAAGAGAUCACACAAAGCUUGGAAAAACUGCAGCUUGAGGCACAGAAAUUUGAGGGCUGGCUGACGGAGGUGGAGAGAAAGUUACUGGAAAAAGGCUCAGAGUCUCAGAGGAGACAGAACAGUCAUUUUGACUCGCAGGGCAACACACCACUUACAAACAACUACGGUCAAAACCGAGAGAGUCCGGAUGGCAGCUACACGGAAGACCCCAGCACAGAGACCAUGCAGUUCAAAUCUCGCAGUACUGAGUUUGAUGAUGAAUUUGACGAUGAGGAACCAUUGCCCACUAUUGGAACAUGCAAGGCACUUUAUCCGUUUGAAGGCCAGAAUGAGGGCACUAUAUCUAUGGCCGAGGGGGAGAUGCUGUACGUGAUCGAGGAGGAUAAAGGUGACGGCUGGACCCGUGUGCGGAGAAACGAGGACGAGGAGGGAUACGUGCCCACAUCCUACAUAAAACUCUUUUUGGAUAUGAAUGCAAAAGGUGCUAUGACAUACAUAUAACCCCACAUCGUUUUGCUGUACAUACAGCAGAUCAGAUCAUGAAUAUGUCUUCAUCCUCAUUUAAUAGAGGAAGCAGACAGCAGAGCAAUUCCUGUUUUUACGUUCAAGAUACUCUGUGGCAUAUUGCACAGCCUUGGUCUGUAUUUACUGUACAUGUGAAAUGUUUUGCAUCCGUACGGGCAAAUUAAGCAAUAAAGACAGCUGCUGCUGUUUAAUUUUGAUAUCGGAUGGAAAUGGCUGGUUUACCGACAUAUCAUGUUUAUAUUUUGCAUUAUGACUUUGCAUUAUGGUUGUUUUCGGCUGGAACCAAUACAUUUGAGGGUGAAUUGAAAAAACGUUUCCACACAAAAACCUGCAUCUUAUUUAAGAACUAAACGUAAUUCAGUUUAACCGGGCGCUAGAUGCACUGAAAUAGCGCUGCGGCAUGAGUGCAGCGUUGAACAGUUCCAGUACGACCCGCAAGAUGGGGAAUUGUGACGUGCAAAUUACACUCAGCACUAAACGUUUACCUGAUUUGCAUAAUUCCUUUAUUGCUGCAAUUUAUUCUUAAUGAACUUCCCCCUUGAUGCCUUACAUAUACUUGUUAUCUUAAUAAUUCGUUAAUGAUCUUCAAGCAAUUUAGUUUCAGACAGAAUUAUUAGGAAAUGAAAUGAGCGGAAAUGCAAA